AUGGAUGUAGAAUUAGUUACAAGAACAUCACUUAGUUCCCUCAAUAAAAUAGACGAUGGAAGAAUUGUGUCACCGAAUAGUCUUGACGAAUGGACUUGGUCUAGUCUUCGGAAACAAUUUAAGUACAAGAACCUUGACAAAUUAUACUCAAUUUAUCAACGACGAUUACAGAAUGGUUAUUUGUCACUUUUCGGUUUGGUGCAACUGGUGCUUGGAAUUGCACACUGUAGUGUUUUGGUAAUGACGGUCGAAAUAAAUGCGUCUUUACCAGACGUCAUGACGUGGAGCAUAAUGGGAGCUUUUCUCUGUCCAGUGAUAGCAUUGUCAUUCAGAUCUAAGCUUGUCGCUCGAGAAACUUAUAUUCCUGUAAUACUAUCCUGUGUUAUUGUUGUAAUACUUGUUCUCGGUGAUUUGGCUGUGCCGUUCUGGUACACAUUUUCUUACAGUGAAGACAUGCCUACAAUAAGACCUGCAUAUUCUACACAUGUUCUGUUGGCUUGUUACGUCUUUUUACCACUCACAGAAAAUCUUCAUGCUUUCAUUCUUGGAGUUACAGCGACUUUAUGUUAUUUAACAAGCCUAUCAUUAAUUACUUAUCGAAAUCAAAAAGAUUAUACAACGAAGAUCAUUGCCGAUACUAUUUAUUUUGCGUGUGUUAAUGGUCUUGGACUUUACUUCAGAUUUAUGAAUGAAAUUGUCAUUCGAAAAUCAUUUUUAGAUCGACGAAAAUGCGUUGAAUCUACUUUAAGAUUAAAUUAUGAAAAAGAUCAAGAAGAACAACUUACCAGAAGUAUUCUACCUCAACAUUUUGCAGCUAAAAUUAAAAAAGACUUUAGAGACAUUUUUAAAUUCAUUGAAGAACAUAAGAAACCACCACCUAAAGGUCGCCGACGCAAUGAUUUAUACGUAGAAACGCACAACAAUGUUAGCAUUUUAUAUGCUGAUGUAGUCAAUUUUUCUGGGUUAACAGUAACAUUACCUGUAAAAAAACUCGUUGAAACUUUAAACGAUCUCUUCGGCAGCUUUGACGAAGCUUCAGAACGCCACAAUGUGUUAAGAAUAAAGUUUUUAGGUGAUUGUUAUUAUUGUGUAAGUGGAGUCCCAACACCGAACGCUCAGCACGCAAAAAGUUGCGUCGAUCUUGGUCUAGAUAUGAUAAAAAUAAUAAAAGAUGUCCGUGGAAGAGUACGAAGAGAAAGCGGAGUUGAGAUUAAUAUGAGAAUAGGCGUUCACUCAGGAAAAAUAAUAUCAGGAAUUUUAGGAGCCAAUAAAUGGCAGUAUGAUGUUUGGUCUAAAGACGUAGUAAUAGCUAAUAAAAUGGAGCAAACUGGUCAGCCAGGAAAAGUACACAUAACACAACAGACAUUAAAUCUUCUUGACGUUAAACAGUACCAUUGUGUACCUGUGGAAAAUCUUAAUGACGAAACUCUUAACAAGUACAAUAUUAAGAGUUAUUUAAUUACUCCUGAUAUAUCAGAGCCGACAGUUCAACAGAAUUACAAACAAACCUUGUUGCAGAACAGCGAGAAAAUCUUCCCACUUUCAACACCCAGUACUCCACCGCCUAUAAGUAAACAUUACGUCCGAUGGUACAGCGGAAGACCAAGUACAAAUGUUGGAGCAUCACGAAGCUCACGAAGAUUAACUUCAACAAUGAACAAUCAUGCUGAUGUAUUUGCUGGAACAUUUAGACGGCGAACACAUUUCAUGGAUUCGUGUUUGAAAGAUUAUCAUCUGAUGUUGAAAGCUGCUGAUGCAGAGAUGGAAAAUGCAAUAAAACAAAUGCCUCUUAAUAAAUGGGAGCAGUGGUCUAAAUGGGAAUCAAUAAAUCCCAUCUUUCUUACAUUUUCACAUUUAAAUUGGGAGAUUCCAUUUCUUCGAGAACCAGAUCCUUUGUUUAAGUUUUUUGUAGGGUGUGCAGUGAUAGUAUUACUUUUUAUGGGAUUUAUGCUUCUUGUACCAGCAAUUAACUUCUCUGAGUGGCAUCGUAACACAACUCUUGGGUAUAUUUUUGUUCUCUUAUUUCUGAUUGCUCUUUUACCGUUUACAUGGACGCAUUUUAUAUGGAAUCGAUGUCAAGAUCCUCAUGAUGAACAAGAUGGACAUAUUCCACAGCCUAGAAAUAAAUUAAUCCAUUUCAUGUACCAAACAAGUAUUAAAGUUGUUUGGAGUGCAAUUCUUAGAACUGUUUUAUAUCUUGCUAUUACUAUAAUGCUUGCAACUUGUGCUAUGUUUGAUAUGUUGUUUGAGUGUGAAAAUGCUCAUCUAUCAAAAAAUAAUGUAACUUCCUUUGCUGUAAAUGACGAUACAGAUCUUAAAUGUAUUUCUUCACCAUGGCAUUUGUCCGAAACAUGUUCGUUGGCCAUUCUUACAAGCUUUCUUUUUCUUCGAGUACACUUUUUUUUGAAGCUUAUCAUAGGAUUUGGAAUUGUUGGUUUUUACACCUGGAAUAUUACUGAACAUCGUUCGUCCAUCUUCCAGACUGGGGAAUCGUGGCAUCCUCAUUUAGAACCAAGACUUGCACAUAUUCUAAAUGUUGCAUUUCUUACUUUUUCUCUUCAUCUUAUUGAUCGUCAGGCAGAGUAUCUAAGUCGAUUAGACUAUCAAUGGAAACGUCAAUUGACUCAAGAACAAGACGAGGCUUUUCAUACAAGAAAUGCUAAUAAAUUACUACUUCGUAACAUUUUACCCGAACAUGUUGCAGAUUUUUACUUAAAUAUGAACAGAUCUGAAGAAAAUGAAUUAUAUCACGAGUCACAUGAUUUAAUAGCCGUCAUGUUUGCUUCUUUAACUAAUUUAUCAAUCGAUGAAAGUAACAUUUUAAUAGACCUAAAUGAAAUAAUUUGUGAAUUUGAUAAAUUGUUAUUUGAGCCUGGAUUUAUAUGUCGUGUAGAGAAAAUUAAAAUCGCUGGUACAACAUACAUGGCAGCAUGUGGUUUAGAAGCACGAAGACGUGAUUCAAUAGAAAGUACUGGUGAUGACGAACAUGGUGAUAAUUAUGUAGUAAAGGUAAUGGCUGAAUUUGCAGUAAGGAUGAUAGAAGUAUUGGAUCGAUUGAAUUCUAAUACAUUUUGCAAAAGCUUAAAACCUUACAAAUUACGUAUUGGUAUAUCACACGGAGAAGUUACAGCAGGUGUUGUGGGAGCACAAAAACCACUUUAUGAUAUUUGGGGUGAUGCUGUCAAUAUGGCUUCGCGAAUGGAUACUACCGGUGUUCCUGGUAAAAUCCAAGUCACGACAGAAACUGCUAAUGUUCUAGAACAAAAUGGGAUAAAAUGUUACUUACGUGGUGAAACGUGGGUAAAACCUAAGGGAUUUGUAACUACUUAUUUUAUAGGUGUUGAUAAAAAUCGACGGCUCAUAAAUACUGAUAUUCUCGAGGAAACGAAUCUCUGA